GGGUGUGACAUCGUUCAGUGCCGAAUUCCUCGUGGCAAACGGGCCUGCCGGCACUUGCAGGCACGGAAGGCGCAGGCGAUCAGAGCGAAGCACUUGCAGUCAAGGAGCGGAGUGACAGCAUACGUGACAUGACAGUGGAGCAAGCCAUCGCCGCCUUUGCUUCUUACAGGCAGGAGUCAGCUCUGCUCGCCGACUUCAAGACGCUGUGGACUGCCGACAUUCCUGAAUGCUUCGAAAAGGGCAUCAAGAGGAUGUUCCUGGUGCUGAUGAACUCGGGGACGAAGGAUGAGAUACUAGAAGAUUUCCAAUGCCGGAAACGAUAUUCUUCUCAUGGUGUUGGGUGCCAUUGCUCAAAGGGUUUCAGAAAGUCUGGACAGUCUUCUGACAGAGGGCCCAACACUUCCAACUCCAUGUCUAGUCCAACGUCCCAACGGGAACCUGGACCUGUUUGUCGGCGGGUUCUACCUGCUCACCGCCUCGUCUCUGCUCGGAGGCAGUGUGCGUGCUGUUCGCAUCCUUCUGGGUGUUCCACAUCGAGUAUCCGCAGGGAGGCCGGAACAUCCUGACAUUCCUGGAACACGCCUUCCUCAACUUGCGUCACACCAAGCCCCGGCUCAGGUGCUGGGAGCUCAUCAACCUGUACAGAAGCACGCACAAAUGACACUCCGUGUUGGAGUUUUGUUAUUACCUAAGAAAGGGAGCCAAAGAUGAUGGUUGCUACGUUUAGCGCUGUUAGAUGAACAUCGCUAUCGAUGCAAAAGCUAGCUGAAGGGGAAAUGAGAAGUCCUGUGUUCUUAGUCUCACGUUGAACGUUGUUAAGCGUUCAUAUUUUUCAUCGUAUUGUUCCAUCAUACAAACUGUUUUCUGCAAGUAUAUAUGUUGUCUGUUCUGUAUUUCUGGUAACACUCAAUCUCUUAUCCACAGA